UCACAGCAUCACAGAAUGGUUUGGGUUGGAAGGGACCUUAAAGGUCAUCUCGGUCCAGCCUCCUGCCGUGCCGUGGACACCUUCCACUAUCUCAGGGUGGAAAAAUACAGACCCAUGAAACUGUCCGAAAUAGUUGGAAAUGAAGAUACUGUGAGCAGGUUGGAGGUCUUUGCAAAAGAGGGGAAUGUUCCAAAUAUUAUAAUUGCUGGCCCUCCAGGAACAGGUAAAACCACCAGUAUCCUGUGUUUGGCUCGUGCUCUGCUUGGUCCUGCAUUAAAGGAUGCUGUUCUGGAGCUGAAUGCCUCAAAUGACAGAGGCAUUGAUGUUGUAAGAAACAAAAUCAAAAUGUUUGCCCAGCAAAAAGUCACACUUCCAAAAGGUCGGCAUAAAAUAAUCAUCCUUGAUGAAGCAGACAGCAUGACAGAUGGAGCACAGCAAGCAUUGAGAAGAACGAUGGAAAUUUAUUCCAAAACAACACGCUUUGCACUGGCGUGCAAUGCCUCUGACAAAAUCAUAGAACCUAUUCAGUCUCGGUGUGCAGUGCUGCGUUACACCAAGCUGACAGAUGCACAAAUACUUGCCAGGCUACUGAAAAUUGUUGAGAAAGAGGAUGUCCCAUAUACAGAUGAUGGACUAGAAGCCAUUAUCUUCACAGCCCAAGGUGAUAUGAGACAGGCAUUAAACAACUUACAGUCCACAUACUCUGGAUUUGGCUUUAUAAACAGUGAAAAUGUCUUUAAGGUAUGUGAUGAGCCUCACCCUCUGCUUGUGAAGGAAAUGAUACAACACUGUGUAAAUGCAAAUAUUGAUGAAGCAUACAAGAUUCUUGCCCACCUGUGGCGCCUUGGAUACUCUCCAGAAGAUGUCAUUGGCAAUAUCUUCCGUGUGUGUAAGACCUUUCAAAUGCCAGAAUACCUGAAACUGGAAUUUAUCAAGGAGAUUGGGUACACUCACAUGAAGAUUGCAGAAGGUGUGAACUCCCUUUUACAAAUGGCUGGGCUGCUGGCCCGGCUGUGCCAGAAGACUGCAGCCCCUGCAGCCAGUUAGGCACUUCUCCAGCCUGCUGGGAGGAAACCAGGUUUUAUGGCAAAAAUGUUUCAUAUUCUUUUAUUUAGACCAAUAAAGCUCUAGA